CUUGGGCUGCGGCGGGCUCCGGGGGCAGCCCUGGGCGCAGCGGCCAUGGCCAGCGCCAGGAGCAUCGAGCUGGAGCACUUCGAGGAACGGGACAAAAGGCCGCGGCCCGGGUCGCGGCGAGGGGCGCCCGGCUCCUCGGGGGGCAGCAGCAGCUCGGGCCCCAAGGGGAACGGGCUCAUCCCCAGCCCCGCGCACAGCGCCCACUGCAGCUUCUACCGCACGCGCACCCUGCAGGCGCUGAGCUCCGAGAAGAAGGCCAAGAAGGCGCGCUUCUACCGGAACGGGGACCGCUACUUCAAGGGCCUGCUGUUUGCCAUCUCCGGCGACCGCUUCCGGUCCUUCGAUGCGCUGCUCAUGGAGCUCACCCGCUCCCUGUCGGACAACGUGAACCUGCCGCAGGGCGUCCGCACCAUCUACACCAUCGACGGCAGCCGCAAGGUCACCAGCCUGGACGAGCUGCUGGAAGGUGAGAGUUACGUGUGUGCAUCAAAUGAACCAUUUCGUAAAGUUGAUUACACCAAAAAUAUUAACCCGAACUGGUCUGUGAACAUCAAGGGUGGGACAACUCGAGCCUUGGCUGCUCCCUCCUCCGUGAAGAGUGAAGUGAAAGAAAGUAAAGAUUUCAUCAAACCCAAAUUAGUGACUGUGAUUCGAAGUGGAGUGAAGCCUAGAAAAGCUGUGCGGAUCCUUCUAAAUAAGAAGACUGCUCAUUCCUUUGAACAGGUCUUGACAGAUAUCACCGAAGCCAUUAAACUAGAUUCAGGGGUGGUCAAGAGGCUCUGCACACUGGACGGAAAGCAGGUUACUUGUCUGCAAGACUUUUUUGGUGAUGAUGAUGUUUUUAUUGCUUGUGGACCUGAAAAAUUUCGUUAUGCCCAAGAUGACUUUGUCCUGGAUCACAGUGAAUGUCGUGUCUUGAAGUCAUCUUAUUCUCGGUCCUCAGCUGUUAAGUAUUCUGGAUCUAAAAGCCCUGGGCCCUCCCGACGCAGCAAAUCACCAGCUUCAGUAAAGAGGGGUGGCCACCACUCCAGUGCCUACUCUGCAACCAGAUCCCCAGUUAAUGGAACUCCCAGCAGCCAGCUGUCAACUCCUAAAUCAACGAAAUCCUCUAGUUCUUCUCCAACUAGCCCAGGAAGUUUCAGAGGAUUAAAGCAGGUUUCUGUACACGGCAGAUCCUCUUCCAAUGUAAAUGGUGGACCUGAACUUGGUCGUUGUAUGAGUCCUGAAGGUGUGAAUGGAAACAGGUGCUCUGAAUCAUCAACUCUUCUUGAGAAAUACAAAAUUGGGAAGGUUAUUGGUGAUGGGAAUUUUGCAGUAGUCAAAGAGUGCAUGGACAGGUCCACUGGAAAGGAAUUUGCCCUGAAGAUUAUAGACAAAGCCAAAUGUUGUGGAAAGGAGCACCUGAUUGAGAAUGAAGUGUCAAUCCUGCGCAGGGUGAAACAUCCAAAUAUCAUCAUGCUGGUUGAGGAGAUGGAAACAGCUACUGAGCUCUUUCUGGUGAUGGAAUUGGUCAAAGGUGGAGAUCUUUUUGACGCAAUUACCUCUUCAACCAAGUACACUGAGAGGGACGGCAGUGCGAUGGUGUUCAACCUGGCUAACGCUCUCAGGUAUCUUCAUGGCCUCAGCAUUGUGCACAGAGACAUCAAGCCAGAGAACCUCUUGGUGUGUGAAUACCCCGAUGGAACCAAGUCCUUGAAACUGGGAGACUUUGGGCUGGCCACAGUGGUGGAAGGCCCUUUAUAUACAGUCUGUGGCACGCCAACCUACGUGGCUCCAGAAAUAAUUGCUGAAACUGGCUAUGGCUUGAAGGUGGACAUUUGGGCAGCAGGCGUGAUCACAUACAUACUUCUCUGUGGAUUCCCACCAUUCCGAAGUGAGAACAAUCUCCAGGAAGAUCUCUUCGACCAGAUCUUGGCUGGGAAGCUGGAGUUUCCAGCCCCCUACUGGGAUAACAUCACGGACUCAGCAAAGGAAUUAAUCAGUCAGAUGCUUCAGGUAAACGUCGAAGCUCGGUGUACUGCGGGAGAAAUCCUGAGCCACCCCUGGGUGUCAGAUGAUGCCUCCCAGGAGAAUAAUAUGCAAGCGGAAGUGACAGGUAAACUCAAACAGCACUUUAAUAACGCGCUCCCCAAACAGAACAGCACCACCACCGGGGUCUCGGUCAUCAUGGCUCAGGCUGCACGACCGAACUGGAGAUUUUUGCUCUGUGAUGUCUCUUAUUCUUCCUCCCCCUUCCUUUCCUCCCCCAUCCUGCUCCGCUCUCCCCCUCCCCCUGGGCAGUUAGCUGUGAAAGUGUCAGUCUCUGGAGCCACAGGCAGGUAGUGCUCAUUUUAGGCAAGCUUGUUUUAAUCACACAGUUGCCACUUGCAAGUUAGUAUGAUAAAGUGCAGGAGUGCUGGGAAAAAGGCAACGGAUUGUUUAAGCCUAAAAUCCAGUGGGAAAUAUUAAAGGGGGAAAAAAAAAACAAUGGCUAUAGGGCAGAGAGGAAAAGCAUGUGUGUAUGAACAGUCUGCAGAAAGCCUCCUUACCAUCGCCUCAAGGAACUUCCCAGAGCCUUCGGUACUAACUGAAAUGCCACAGAUAUUGUUUUAGCCAGCAAGGGAUUUCAAAUUAUUUUACAGAUUUAUUAGUGUUGCUGACAAUAUAAUCGUAACUCAAAGUGACAGAUUAUCAACAUUAUUACUGUAAAGAAAAGAAGAAAGGAAAAUCCUCUGAUGUGUACUUGGUUUAAAUGAAGUAUUAUGGGAAGGAAGGGAAAAAUAAAAGUAUAAGUGCACGCUUUUGUGGUAGAGGCAGUCAAAAUACAAUGAAGAAAACUCACAGAGCAAAAUGGAGACGACAAUGAAUUAAGAAAUCAAUGCUAAGAUACAGAAGGACCAAGUGCCUUUCACUUCAUCAAUGUAGUCUAUACUUAGGGUUGUUGUUUCUUAAUACUUCCUUGCCCCAGCUAUUUGUUUACUUGAAAGCAGCGCGGGGGUAUCAGGCUACAUCUGGGAAACUGGGAGAAUUUAUGUCAUCUUAGCUGCCCCAGGUUAGGAAGAACAACGAAUAUAAUGUCCAGAGCUAGCUUCAAGCCACAUUCGGAGGGCAGAGGCCUCUAUGAUCCUCUUCGUACCUCCAACAUGUCCACACAGUUCACAUGUACCUCCAACCUUAUUCUGGAAAAUGAUAGGAGCACCACAGCUUCAUUUUAUCUUAACCUGCCCCAGAGGCCUGGGAGUGAGGAAAGAAGGGCCUUGAAAAAACAGCCUCUCCAAAGAGCAGUCCUUAUUGUGUUUUUCAAUCUCUAAUACUUUUGGAGUCAUGUCCUGAAAGUGAAGCAAGAGUCCAGAAGGUGGGCAGCCCGGGUGGCUCAGCGGUUUAGCGCCGCCUUCAGCCCAGGGCCUGAUCCUGGAGACCUGGGUUCAAGUCCCACUUCGGGCUCCCUGCAUGGAGCCUGCUUCUCCCUCUGCCUGUGUCUCUGCCUCUCUCUCUCUCUCUCUCUCUGCCUCUCAUGAAUAAAUAAAAUCUUAAAAAAAAAAAAAUAAAAAGAGUCCAGAAGGUCCACUAGCAUUACCACUCCUUGUUUAUCAAAAGGGAAAAAAUGCCCAAUUCACAUAAUUGGAAGUCCAACUCCCCUGACUUGGUAAGUGUUGGUCUUGUUAUUCAAGAAGUCUGAAAUGAGAUACUAAUCCUGAAUAGUCAUAAUCCCUACCACUCCCACCAGCAACCUAUUCAAGUGUGAACAGGAGCCAGUUUUACGUAUAGUCUAUUGUGCUAUUUUAGCUCUGAUACUCAGAAAACACAGAUUAAAAAAAAAAAAAAAAAAAGCUGAACAACUGAAAGCCACCCAGGUUGGCUUCACAGGGCCUCAGGGAAACCUGCUGAAGGUUUUCAGCCCUGGCUUCGCUGAGCGCUGUCACGUACAGAGUGCUCUGGCUCAGCCGGGACGCGUGAUCUGUGAAAUGCACACGCCUUGUCCAAGUGCCACUUGAUGACUUUCUUCUGGCGUGGAAAGGCCCUCCAUGACCAAAAAAGUGAAGCCUCUUCCUCCUCACUCGCCACACUGAGAGGUCAAGGUCUAGGAUGGAGAAAAGUCUGCAGCGUACUCACCCUUAUGUUAUCAUCUGUUUCCAUAGUGGCCUGGAGUUUCCCAUUCACACUGAAUGUACAGAAGCAGCCAUUUUCAUAGAAUAUGACACAAUGACCCUCUCUUGAAGCCUGAAUGAGUUUUGGUCUCAGGCAGUUUUCAGGACCCUCCAAAGUCCUUAACAAGUCUCCAUUCAUGGAAUGUAUGAGACAAGGCCCUUCUGAGAAAAGAGAAACAAGAGACAAAACUUUUUUAAUGGUGACAAAUGUGAAAUGAAUCUUGAGCACAAAUCAAACAGGCUCAAACAGUUGAAGCUAAACAUUUUCUCUCUUAUAUAUGUUAUUUUACAAACUGUCCUCUGUGUGCUGGCCAGAUCUCACCUUCUACUUGGGAAAGGAGAAAGCCGGGUCACAUACAUUCAGGUUCACUUCUCCUCAAGAGCCAGGGAGCUACUUUAUGAAAUUCAUUAUGCCAAGAGAUAACAGAAACAGACUCAUUCAGAAUGGAACAGGACAAAUUUCAAAUCCUAGAGGAGCUUCCAGGAAGGCCGGGCCACAGUUAAACACAGGCUGCUGUCAAGCUCACCGUGAAGCUCUGCCACACGUCACAGGGGCCCAACAGCAGUGGCUGUGCUGUGGGCUGGUGUGGGGAGAGCUCAGGAGGGCAGCUUUGCGAGCCCCGAGCCUUCUUCCCUCCCACUGCUCACUAACCCCACCCCCGGAAUAAAUUCACCCAGAGAUCCUUCUGCAAAUGAGUACACUUGCCUGCUGCCCCCAAAGCGAGUAGCACCCACCAGGCUGAGCUGCCCGAGGAGGAUGGGAGCUACUGAUCAGUACACGCAUAUCCAAGCAUUUUCGUUGUUACUGAAUGCCUGCUACAUGUAAAGAAGGAGUAGGUAACCAAAACCACCUGUGUGAUGAGUAAGUUCUAAGACAUGUCUGAGUCAGACAAGAGGGGUAAAGCAUAGAAGGCCUGCUGAUCUCCAAGCUGAAUUCCUCAGGCCUACGGGGACUCGUGACCUGACCCCACAAGACUACUAAGAGCAUAUGCCCUUUUAAAGAAAAAAGCAGAAAACCUGCUUUUUUCUUGACCACUCAGGGAGUAUCUAAGUUUUCCCAACAUAAAUCCAUACCCCCAGCCUCUGCGUCGCUUAGUGCCAGCAUGCAUGGAUAUCCACUGUCUUUAUCACCUUUAAAUGACAUCAGUUCCUCAACACAGUUCAAACUUCAAGUUUCACAGAUAUUGCACAAAGUUCACAUUUUGUGACUAGCUCUUCAGUCCACAAACGACUGUGCAAAUAACAGGUGUGCAUCCUGAGUGACCGACACAUCAUCUCCUUCAGAGUCUGUCAGUGAGUGGUCACUGACGGUCUGUUACUCAGUUCAUGCACACAGAGCAAACUGUAAGGUUGUGGUGCUUCCUCAGGGAGAAACCCAUGUGACAUUUUACGAAAACGGAUCCUCAAGAGACUACUGGCCAAAAGAUGAACUCUCAGUAAGGAAAUGAAAAGUGAUAAAGCCGUGAGGGAACUUUGUACUGAAUAUAAAUGGGGUUACAGGAGAAAGAACAGAUUCUGGAAAUGCUGACAUUGCUCAGAGACUGGAGAUCAGUGAAGGUGAACUUACUGACACAGAUUAGAAAAGGGGUUGAACAAAAAUGAUGAUGUCCCAGAAGAAGUGAUGCCAACAAGAACCUUCACUUUUUAAAGGACCCAGGGGAAUAUUUCAUACUGUUGAAUGCACAGCAGAUAAAAUGUUGGAACCUGACCAAAACUUAGGAGCAUGACAACUGGUCAAGGCACAGAAAUAUUCUCACUCUUUAUCAUACGUUAUACAAACAGAAGCAGGCAAGCACUGUUCAAGUACUCUGGGUAUGUCCCCACAAGGAAAACACUUUAAUUUUCAGUGUUCCUAAUAUUUUAAAUUAUAUUGUUCUAUGUAAA